AUGAGUCCCACCAGCUUCUUCCUCCUUACAUUGCUCCUCGUUCUGGUGACAACUGCAAGGGGGGCCCGUGAAAAAUUCUCUCAAUCAGCUGAAGACCCUUCUAGUAAAAGCCUGGGUCUAAAGUUUCGGGGGAGCAGCGGGGGAUCAGGUUCUUCCUUCGAAGAAUACAGCCGAAGUGAGGACUCUUGGAGUAACUAUAAAUCAAAACAACCAAGCCGGGUCACCACCAGUGAGGAGAGCAGUAGCGAAAUGAGUAGUUCUAGCAGCCGUUUUGGUCUCAAAAUGAGAGGAUCUCAAGGAGAAGAAGGAAUGAGCUCCUUUAAAACCAAAGUAAAGAGCCGGAUAAGUGACAAAUAA